AUGAAAAUUAAUGGAAAAAAUUGCCUAAAAAAAUCCAAUAAUUUAACUGCAGGCGGUCAACUGUGGAAGGAGGUAAAGCAAGAGGUCGAUUACUUGUUGAAGCCACAAGUGUUGAGUGAAGCAGAGCAGCAUGUACGCGCCGCAAAUCUAUCGCGAAUUGUUCUCAUCGACAAUCUCCAAAAUGCCAUAGAAACGGAAAAUCCCAGUCAAGCAGAAAUCGCAUCGUUCCAAAAUCGAAAGGGACAUCGUCUGACAUGGAAGGCCUACCAUCGUCUCGCUGACAUACACGAUUUCUUCGAUGUUUUGGCUAAAACAUAUCCUGAUAUUUGCUCAGUGGAAACAAUUGGUUACUCAUUACAGAAACGUCCGCUGAAAAUAUUGAAAAUCUCCAACGGCAAUCCGGGCAAUCCAGGCAUCUGGAUCGAUGGCGGCAUGCAUGCACGCGAAUGGAUUAGCCCUGCAACGGUAACAUUUAUUGCCAAUCAAUUGGUUGAAGGUUGGGACGAUAUGCCUGAAUAUAUGCGCAAUGUUAACUGGUACAUACACGCUGUGGCAAAUCCCGAUGGCUAUGAGUACACACACACCACUGAUCGCUUGUGGCGUAAGAAUAUGCGCUCUCAUGGACGCCAAUGCCCGGGAGUCGACUUGAAUCGUAAUUUCGGUUACAAAUGGGGAGGCAAGGGUACAUCAGCGAAUCCUUGCUCGCAAACUUACCGCGGUAGCAAGGCCUUCUCCGAACCAGAGACAUUCUACAUAUCGAAGUUUAUUAGCAAUUACCCCCGUGACACCUUCCAUGCAUACCUCUCCUUCCACAGCUAUGGUCAGUACAUUCUGUACCCAUGGGGCUAUGAUUAUCAUCUAACUUCCGAUAAAUCGGACUUGGAUCGCGUUGCGCGGCAAGCGGGAACGACUAUUACGAAGCAAUCGGGUGGCAAGUACACCAUUGGCUCUUCAGCGACCACUCUCUAUCCAGCAGCUGGCGGUUCAGACGAUUGGGCUAAGGGCUUUGUCGGUAUCAAAUACUCCUACACCAUUGAAAUGGGUGACACUGGUCGUUAUGGUUUCGUGCUACCUGCCAGCCACAUCGAAUCGAACGGUCGGGAUGGCUACACGUUUGUGGACACAGUAGCGCGCGCUGUCACACAGGGCAAAUACAGUCGAAAACGUGCCUUUUAA